AUGGAAAGGAGUCGCUUGGGCCUAGAUCUGGGUUUGCCAGGAUUGCCCGGUGAAAUAGGUCUUCCAGGACAACCAGGACGAUUGGGUUCUGCAGGUCCAAGGGGUGAACGAGGCCAACCUGGUACACCAGGUUUUCCAGGUUCCCCAGGAUUACAAGGAAUGCCGGGAAUAAGAGGACCUCAAGGCAUACCAGGUUCUUCAGGAAUUCCUGGAAAAGAUGGAAUACCAGGCCAAAAUGGUGAGAAGGGUUUGCCCGGAGUAGAAGGUGUGAGAUGCCCCACAGGACUCCCAGGGGAGAGAGGCUAUCCUGGUCGUGAUGGAACAGAUGGACGUCCUGGACCGACAGGUUUGAAAGGAGAAAGGGGUGAACCUGGUUUGAGAGGAGAAAGGGGAUACACGGGAGUACCUGGUCCUCCGGGUUCACCUGGAGUAACAACUGUAUCAGACGGCAAAGUAGUACCAGGACUUCCUGGUCCGCAGGGACCACCAGGAGAACAUGGCAUUCCCGGAAUACCUGGAACAAAGGGAGACAAAGGUGAUCAGGGUGAGAGAGGGGAACGAGGGCUCAAAGGAGAAACAGUUUCCUGGUUUCUGUCUCCGCAUUUAUUCCUCGGAUUUUCAAAUGUACCAAACUCGGGACCUCCUGGACCAAGAGGCGAUUCAGGUCCAAGAGGACUGGAGGGUCCUCCUGGUCGACCAGGAAGUGAUGGCCAACCUGGAAUAGCUGGAAAAACUGGAGAGAAGGGAAGUCGAGGAGAGCAGGGAUUACAAGGGAUUGUGGGCCCUAGAGGAUAUCCUGGAAAUUCAGGACCGGCGGGGCUGCCAGGCAUUCCUGGCCCCAUGGGGCCUCCUGGAAUCGUAGGAAAACCUGGUACAGCAGGGCCACCAGGUCCUCCGGGACCACCUGGAGAUAUGAGUUCGCGUGUUGCUAAUAUUGUUCAAGGUAUAGGAUCCCCAGGGAUAUUUGGACCAAGAGGACAUCCAGGAGCUCCAGGUCUGCCUGGUGAAAGGGGAGCAGCAGGAGACAGAGGCCCAGAAGGUUAA